UGUUUUUUUCUUUCUUAAGCUUCCAUUGCUAUAAACAGAGGCCCCCCAUUUCUCUCCAACAUAUUCUCAGAAUCUUCCUUUUCCAAGAUUUAUAGUCCAUUUUUACUUUUUUGUUUAAAAAAAUUUUAUUUAUUUAUUUUGCUUCUGUUACUUCUUUGAUUCCCACACAAGUUGCUGAGAAGCUGAGAACUCACACCAUAACCACACUAUCUUUCAUAAUCGUUCAUCUUCUUUUAUCAUGUGUAGGGAAGCAGAACAGGUUGACCAAGACAAGGGUAACCUUCAUAACAACAACAACAACAACACCAACACAACCAACGCCAACAACAAGAAGCAGUGGCCUUUACAUUGUGAAGUGGUUCAUCCCCAGAUGGAAAAUUCUGUUGGAGAAUCUCCGGUCUUGAGCUCCGGUGAUCGUGAAAAUUCUUUUCCGUUGGAAAGUAUUUGUGAGAAUACAGUAGAACAAAAGCAUAGCCUGUUAAGCUUUGUUCCUGCCCUGCGGUCAGGAGAGUGGUCUGACAUUGGGAGGCGACCUUCUAUGGAGGAUACUCACAUAUGCAUUACUAACUUAGCUGAGAAGUUUGGCUGUACUUUACUCAAUAAGGAAGCUAUCUCGUUCUAUGGUGUAUUUGAUGGACAUGGAGGAAAGGGUGCAGCACAAUUUGCCCGUGACUAUUUACCUAGAGUCAUUGUCGAGGAUGCUGGCUUUCCCUUGGAGCUGGAGAAAGUGGUUACAAGGUCGUUUAGGGAGACUGAUGCUGCAUUUGCGAAAAGAUGCUCUCUGGAGUCUUCCCUCUCCUCUGGCACAACUGCACUCACUGCAAUGAUAUUUGGGAGGUCUUUGCUAGUUGCAAAUGCUGGGGACUGCCGGGCAGUAUUGUCAAGACAAGGACGGGCAAUAGAAAUGUCAAAAGAUCACAGACCUUGCUGCCUAAAAGAAAGGAUCCGGAUUGAGUCCUUGGGUGGAUAUGUUGAUGAUGGUUAUUUGAAUGGUCAGUUAGGUGUCACACGGGCAUUAGGUGAUUGGCACCUCGAAGGAAUGAAGGAAACGGGCGAGAGAGGAGGACCAUUGAGUGCUGAACCAGAACUUAGAUCGGUGACAUUGACCAAGGAUGAUGAGUUUUUGAUCAUUGGCAGUGAUGGUAUAUGGGAUGUGUUCAGCAACCAAAACGCAGUGGAUUUUGCUCGAAGGAGACUUCGGGAGCAUAACGAUCUGAGAAUGUGUUGCAAGCAAAUGGUUGAGGAGGCUAUCAAACGGGGAGCAAUAGACAACUUGACGGUUGUGAUGGUGAGUUUCCACUUGGAGCCACCUGAGCAAGUGGUGGUAGAAAGGACAAGAGUCAGAAGAAGCAUAUCAGCUACGGGGCUUCAAAAUCUCAAAUACCACUUGGAAGAAUGAAAAGUGAAGUACACUGUAUCUUUUGUAAAAUCUUUAACCAAACAGGCAAAGGGAUUGCCAGCUGGCUGACUUGUCAGAGUUCUGCUUGUAUACUUAUAAAUUCAUGUGGGAAACUUAACUCCCUUCUCUGCUUCCUCGUUUGUCUGAGGCUUCAUUCAGUUUGUGAGUGAAAAGAUGGAAGAAAAUAGGAUGACAGAUUGUGAAAUUUUGGGUUUGGGAUAAACAUGCAAAUGUGGAAAAAAAACAAUGAAGGCUGAGAUUGAUCUGAGGAAGAAACUUUUUUCCAUAUCCCCCUAGAUCUAAUCUGUAAAUAAAUUUUUCUAGCCAUGAACUAUCAAUUUUUCAA